CGUGGCAAACGCUAUCACGUAACGGUUCGCCUGAGAAAAUGUUUGUCGCGUCGUGACAUGCCACGUAAAAUGUGUCCAGGAUAUCCGGCAUGACAAGGAUACGAAUUGACAUAGAUAAAAAUCGAGGAAACUUAUCGAAUCGACAAUGUUCUGGUAUAAUAUUCAAUCGAGUUCGCGAUAAUGCCCCUCCACUCGCACGAAACGGCAUUUAAUCGCUGAUUAUAGCGUAUUGAUGAUGUGUCAAUGUUAUGUAAUUUUGUAUCGAUACAUCAUUCGUGGUGUUUCCCCUGCGAUAAGGUCAGUACAUCCUCUACUAUCGUCAAGCAAGAUUAGACGAGCCGACUGUUGCCUCGCACCGGUUUUCGUUAUUCUGCGACACUUGACGAGCACGAACAACGCUUGACAGCUUGCACGAUUUUACUCUUAUAACGUUAACAAAUAACAACAGAAUUGUACGAUAUAAGCAAUGACAAGCAAAUCAUGGAAUGUUCUGGUGACGGGAGGUGCUGGUUACAUUGGUUCUCACACAGUCUUGGAAUUAUUGCAAGCAGACUUUCGGGUGGUGGUAAUAGACAACCUUAGUAAUGCGCACAAAGAUUUAAAUUCCGAGAAACCGGAAUGCCUUUUUAGAGUAGAAAAACUGACAAAUAAGAAUAUUACAUUUCUUAACUGUGAUAUCACAAAUAUUGAUGAUCUAAGAAGCGUGUUUCGAAAGCACACUUUUCAUUGUGUCAUACAUUUUGCUGCGUUAAAGGCGGUUGGUGAAUCAUGCCAGAAACCACUCGAAUACUACAAGGUCAACGUCAGUGGAACGAUAAAUUUGUUGGAAGUUAUGCGAGAAAACAAUGUAAAACAUCUCAUUUAUUCAAGCAGUGCCACAGUUUAUGGUGUACCCGAGAAGCUCCCUUUGGUGGAAAACAUGAGAACUGGCAAUUGCACGAAUCCCUAUGGAAAGACAAAAUUUAUGGUUGAGGAAAUAUUAAAGGAUUUGUGCACAUCGGACAAGGAAUUCUCUAUUAUAUCUUUGAGAUAUUUUAAUCCGGUUGGCGCGCAUCCGUCAGGUCAAAUUGGAGAAGAUCCCAGUGGCAUUCCAAAUAAUUUAAUGCCCUACAUUGCGCAAGUCUCCGUUGGAAAAAGAGACAUGUUGUAUGUUUAUGGUAAUGAUUACGAUACAUCUGAUGGUACAGGUGUACGUGAUUACAUCCAUAUCAUGGAUCUGGCACUAGGACAUGUAAAAGCCAUGAUUUAUCAAAACACUCGUAAUGCAAAAGGAUUCAAGCCAAUAAAUCUCGGUACUGGGAAGGGCUACUCUGUGCUAGAAGUUAUACACGCGUUUGAGAGGGCAUGCGGGAAAAAGAUACCCUAUAAAAUAGUCGAACGCCGAUCGGGUGACAUAUCCGCGAGUUACGCGGAUGCUAGCAUCGCCAAUAAAGAACUAGACUGGAUUGCUACAAAAGAUAUGGAUGACAUGUGUGCAGAUACGUGGAAAUGGCAACAAAAUAAUCCAAAUGGUUAUAAACAUUGAUAAAUAUUAUAGCUAAAUAAGUUUAAAGAUAUUAGAUUAUACCAUAUUAUCGAAUUAAUUAACAACCAAAUGGUGGUAUAUAGUUACCAAAGUUUAGACCAAAGCAUAAGAAAAGUAUGUAAUUAUAUAUAUAAUUACUUAUUUAUUUUCAAUCAUAUUAAGUAAAUUUGAUUUUAUAAAUGUAACAUGAUUUUAAAGAAAUCUUUGACGCUAGAUAUGUGUUUUAUCCAAAACUUUAGUAAAUGGACUAAUUGAUUACAUGUAUUUGAAUUAAAUUAAAUUGUACUGUGCCAUUUUAGGUAAUUUUACAAUAUAUUGUACAAACAAUAAUGGUAAUAAUCUCAUAGGCUUAUGUAUGUAUGUAAAAAAUUGUACUUUUUAAUAUAUGUAAGCAUACAUGUAUCUAUUAUCGAUGAUGUAAAAUAAAUAUCACGAAUAAACAGCUUUUUCGAAAA